AUGCAAAUUCCUUCAAUUUCGAAAAAACUGUUCAAGAUCGACGAGGACAUGUACAACGAAUGCACCUCUCCGUCUUCCGCCAGAUCAGCCAGAGUAACCGGUCACAGAAUGAGAUCUCCGAUCUGCUGUUUAGGAGCCAACGCGGUGGUUGAGCCGGAAUCGAUGAUCGGUCCGAGAACCCCGAGAUCUCCUUACGAAUGGCUCAAAUCCACGGCGCAGGAGCUCGAGAUCAGAGAUCGUUGCCGCCGCGUCAAGACUCGCAUCAAGGUCACGUGCCGCAACAACAAUUGCGCUUAUAAUUGCGCUCACCAACAUCACCAGAGGCACCAUAGCCAGAGCUAUCCUGGAGAUUUCAGUUACGAUCCGAUGAGCUACGCGCUCAAUUUCGAGGACGAUGUGCGAGCGGACGAGGACGCUUCUUUUCCGAGUUUCACGGCGAGGUUGCCUGCGUCUCCGGUGACGAAAACUAGAUCGGCGACGGUUGAUCUCAUCUCAUUCUGA